AUGAUUACCUCGCCCAGAAUCCAUCUUGGUGACUAUGCAGUCUCUCCAGUGCAUGGCUUCCUGCCCACUGGUCUGCCUUUACGGAUCUUGCCUCACAACUACUAUGCUCCAUGGGAGAAGCUCGCUGGCCAGCUGCCCACUUUGAUCAAGACGGGUCAGAUCAGAGACCUUGUUGAUGAUCUGCCUGUUUUGACAACCACAUGGCUGCAGUCAGAAGCUGAAUGGCGGCGGGCAUACUCUAUCUUGGGGUUUCUCACCCAUGCCUACAUUUGGGGAGGUGAGAAGCCGAAAGACGUUCUCCCACCCUGCAUCUCGAAGCCAUUCCUUGAGAUCUCCCGGGCGCUUGGACUUCCACCGUGUGCAACUUACGCAGCCGUCACGCUCUGGAAUUUCACCAGUAUCUCCGACACCAAUGUGACUGAACCAGAUCACCUCUCAGUUUUGACUUCCUUCACCGGCACCAAAGAUGAGGAAUGGUUCAUGGUGAUUUCAGUUGCCAUCGAGGCCAAAGGCGCUCGACUGCUCCCAUUGAUGCUGGAUGCCAUCGAGGCUGUGACUGCCCAAGAUACCUCCCAGCUGACGGCCUUGCUCUGUCGAUUCACCGAUGGUCUGGUAGAUCUGACCAGAACACUCAACCGGAUGUAUGAGCACAACCAGCCGCAUGUCUUCUUCCAUCAGCUCCGGCCAUUCCUAGCAGGUAGCAAAAACAUGGCUGCUGCUGGUUUGCCAAAUGGCGUCUUCUACGAUGUGGGCCACGGUGAUGGGGAAUGGCACCAAUACAGUGGCGGCAGCAAUGCCCAAAGCUCUCUGAUUCAAACCUUUGAUAUUUUCCUUGGAGUCAGCCACUCGGCGACGGGAGGCACAAGUAUGAAGUCUUCAGGCACAAGCUACAUUCAGGAAAUGAGAAAUUACAUGCCAGCCUCGCACAAGCGCUAUCUGGAAGCCCUCUCGUCACUCUCUAACAUCCGCCCAUUCGUCAACUCCCCCCAGGUCGACUCCUCAUUGAAAGAAGCGUACAAUGCCGCCGUCCUGGCCCUGACAUCUUUCCGAGAUGCUCAUAUUCAAAUGGUGUCGCGGUACAUUAUCGUACCCGCCCGCAAGCAUACUCCACCGGACCUCAAGGUCAAGUCUGGGGACACGAUCAAUCUGGCUACAGCGAGUGCUCAAGCCAAAGGGUCAAGUGAGACAAAUUCCAUGGGGCUGUCUGGUACGGGAGGCACAAGUUUGAUUCCCUUCUUGAAACACACGCGGGACACGACCAAGUCAGCGACAUGUUGA